CAAUGAAAUCGGCAUCGGCAUUUCGCAUCGCAAAAACAAAAUGGCCGUCUCUGAUGGAGAAAGGUGUGUCGCUGUCGCGUAAUACAUAUUUUGCGACUUGCAGCGAGGAAUAUCAUUGAACUUCAGUGAAAAGUUUAGGUGUUUUUUACUACUGGUUCGUAACUUUGUAUUGUGAUUAAUUAAGGUGGAUUUAUUAUGUUUGAUGUUCAGCAGCUUGGCUACAAGGAAAUGAAGGAAAGGACGCAUACCAAGGAAUCUGGAGGUGAUCCUGCAUCGCGUACGGCCUAUACCGUGAGGCCUCGUCGCGAGCGCCCGGAGGCUGCAUGUUUGCCUCACGUGGGCUUUUUCGGUUCGCGUAGUUGCCUUUUUUCGCGAGGCAUUCGCGUUCGUAACAUCGCGCGCCGCUUGAUAAGUAUGUCGGUUGUCUUGCAGCGCCGCCGGCUGCCGUGCGACCGCCGCGUGGCAGGGCAUCGCCCUUCGCGUCGCGCGCGUUUGGAGCCCUCGCUCCUUCCGACCCUCGGUCGGAAUCCUCAAGGAUGUCGAGCUCCCGGCGUAACGGGUCGGUCUCCCGCGCCGCGGAGGCCGCCUCCAAGAACAGGCUUCACAUGGAUCGGAAUCCACAGCACUCCAGGAUGACCGAUCCAUCGAACCCGGCCGGACGCCGCAAGGAAAUAGACAACGUGAUGAAAAGGGCACGGCAGGCGUCACCUGGCAGUUGGGACCGGAAGCUGCUACAAGUCGAAGAGAAGGACCCUAACAGAUGGCGCCACACGGGCUACAAGCAGAUGUACUUGGACGGCUCGAGGUCCCCCUCCCCGCGCCGCUCCCGUUCCCCCGCCAGACGCUCCAGGUCCCCGCUAGUGGCGCAGCGCUCGCGCAGCCCGCUGCGGCGCUCGCCGCCUCCGCGCCGCGCCGACCACGCGCGCUCGCCGCGCCGCAGCCCCCGCCGGUCGCCCAGACGCAGCCCGCUCCCGCUGGGCGGUCGCCGCCGCUCGCCGCGCCCGCGCUCGCCCCCUCCUCGCCCGCCGCGACCGCGACCCGCGCCGCCGCCGGCCGCCCGCCCGCCGUCGCCGCCGGAUCCUAGAAAGUCGUCUGGCUCCGGGUCGUCAGGAAGUAGCUGUUCGGACGAGUCGUGCUCGGUGUGCUCGGCGAAGAACAAGAAACCGACCGGGCCGCCGCCCGGACCUAAAGGUGCCAAGCCACCGCCCGGGCCGCCCGCGCCGACCAAGCGGCCGCCCGCGUCGGCCGCGCGCGCCGUGCAGCCCACGCGCGAGCUGCUCAAGGCCCGAGAGGCCAGCAAGCGCACCCGGGAGGAAAAGGUGUUAGAAUGGCAGCGGUCACAAAUGGCCGUCAACCGCCCCCCCGCCGCGGCGCCCAUCCCCGCCGCGCAGAUCAAGCGGGAGGGAGAGAGACGGCGCGAGCCCCGCGACCCGCGCGAGGGAGAGAGGAGACGCGGCGUGUCGCCCGCCGCCAUCGCCGCUGCGCUCAACGAUAGUGACAGUGACAGCGAAUCGGAUGCCAGCUCGGAGCAACCGCAGAGGUUGACCCUGUCCGAGCGUUUUGGCAAAAUGGCGCAAUGGUCCGCCGACCGUAGCGCCCGACUCGAGAACAUGCGCAUCACGCGCCGCGACAGCGCCCUACAUGUGCGCAUAGAGCGGCCGGACGGAGCGCCCGAGCCUGCUGCGGAGCCCUACCCAGGCCUAGAAGCGGCCCCGGUCGGCAGCUACCCCGAGGAGCUGCUAGCGGCGGCCCCCGGAGGCCUACCGUCCUGGGACGACGUGCGAGUCCGCUACGACUACUACAAGAAACGCGGGUAUCUGCGAGGUCUAACGCUGAGCGACUAUGUCAAGUGGGAGGAGUGGUGGUACAAGUACCAGGAGUGGCUGAAGAGGGAGCGCGCCUACGAGCGCUGGGCUGAGGGCGAGGUGGGAUCGGUGAGUUACUGUUGCACUGCUGCUCUGAGGCAGGUCUGA